AUGCGAGUGAUUGGUUUAUCGGCAUCCCAAGUUGGAUUGGCUUUGCUUAUUGGACAAAUAACUGACGCCUUUACCUCUCCAAUAACUGGUUUCUUGGGCGACCGUGUUCAAAUUCCAUUUAUUUCCAAAAAGCUGGGUCGAAGGAAGUCGUGGCACUUAGUGGGAACGGUUAUGAUGGCCGGUGGACUUCCUCUUCUGUUCAAUCGGUGCUUGGUAUGCAACGAUUAUCAGGGUGUCAGUUGGUUGCAACCUUUUUACUAUUAUUGCAUCAUGGUUAUUGUAAGUCCGGCAUACAACAUUCUGGAGAUCAAUCAUCUUUCCAUCACCUUCACUGCAGCUGGGACAGUGCAAGAAGGCGCAGCGUUAACUGCUAUAAGGUUACAGCAAUAACACUAUUUUGUUUCUUCACAAUUUCUUGAUUCUGGUUUUUUGGAUUCUGUUCUCUGACUGAAUGUGAUCUCACCAGUGGUUAUGAGUGUAUAUUGAUAAUUAACGCAGCUAAAGCUGAAGGGUGCACGUUUUUUGCCUCUGCUUUUUUUAUUUUUCAAACCUUUUUUUAUUAUUUUUCGCUUAGAAUCUCAAAUGCAGGAACCUGAUUUGACAGGCUACAAUACCGUCAGUGAUUAAGAUCGAUUAAGUUCAGUUCAAGACGUGGUAUAUAGGAAUAAAGAUACCCUCAUGCCGAAUUUAUGCCGUAAGAGUCGACCCUUUUUUUUCUCUUUUUUUCUGAUAUAGGACAGUCCUUAGUUUCGUUAGUGCAAUAUACGUUUAUGUGGUUGCCUGGGGACUGCUUGGUCAGGAUGGCGGAGACGAUCUGGGGCCGGAAAGUGUAACACAGUUUGCGGUAAGUACCGAAAUAAAGUGACGAUAUGGAAAUUGCAUUAAUGAACAAAGCAAUCUAACUGAUUGGAUUAAUGAUGAUGAUGAUGAUGAUGAUGAUGAGUUUGAAUUCAUAAUACCAUAUUGCUCCCGCACCCAACUAAACGCAUGUUUUGAAAAAAUAGCUUAUAUGUCAGUGAUGUGAGCGUAUGUAGCUUUGUGGCUUUGUAUUUUCGGAUGUUUGUUGCAAGAGCCAAUGAGGUUGAAGGUACCAUGAGCUGAUACUUAAACCCCAUUUACACGUGCUAAAAAAUCAGCCCGGCACGUCAAACUUUUGGCACCGUGCCUCGUUUACCCGUGCCGAGACUACCUCCCGGAGGUAGUCUCGGCACCCCUAAGAUUUUGAGCACUGGUGCCACAUUAGAUUUGGGACCAAUACGUUUACACGUCGAAAAUUGGGAGGGCCGUACCUUAAAAUCGUCCGCACGGUGCCAAAAAUUUGGCGUGCCGUGCUGAUUUUUUAGCGCGUGUACGUAAAUGGGGUUUUAGGCCGGAACCAAUAAGAUCUCUGCAUCUAUUUAAACAUGACAUUGCUAAAGGUCGAACAAGGGUACUUUGAGACCGCCAUCUUGAUUCUUCACAAUUUUUUCGUCUUUUAUUACGGCUACAGGUGUUUAGAAGCAUUACAUUAAAUAUCAUGAUUCAAACGCUGUGUACAGUGAUGCAGCUGUUUAAGGGUUCAUAUCUUACUGUGGAUGCUGCUUCAAAACAACGCACUUAUUUACGAGUUGUGUUUCACCUGCUUCAAGAUAGAGUAUAAAAGAUCAUACAUUUUCAAAGCUCUUCCAAUGAAACAAUAAUUGAUAUUUAGAUAAAUACGGACUUUAAUUCGAAGGUAUGCGGCCUACAAUUUGUGGUUUUAGAUAUUUGAAAGGCAGCUUAUUUUUUUCGGACGUUGUACCAAGUAUUGUUAAUCCUGUAAACAAGCUUUAUUCCCUCGCUUACAAAGUUCAACAGACCUUUUUCGUUCCUGCAAUUAAAACAUGAAUAAGUGAACAACAUGAUACAUCCUUCCUGCUUAAUAAGUAUUAUAUUAUAGUUAUUGAAACGUAUUUUAUUUAGUAAAGAUGCGUAACUUAAGCCUGGUUUCCAUAUGAUCGCUACGAUCGCUGUGAUCACUGCGAUCGCUGAGAAAAAAAAUUUCAGCGAUCGCCGCGAUCAUAAGGAAACCACUUUCCAUUGACGCGUAGCGAUCGCAGCGACAACGAUCGCUGAGAUAUAAAAAGUUCUAUCUCAGUGAUCGUUGUGGAUGCGAUCGCUGGAAAGUGGUUUCCAUAUGAUCGCUGCGAUCGCUGAACUUUUUUUUUUCUUAGCGAUCGUAGCGACCAUAUGGAAAUCAGGCGGUUGCGUCAGGGAAUAAAAUUGGAAGAAGCUAGUUGACAUUAAUUAUUUGGGCGUGGCUCAAAUAGAGUAAUGGGAAACGGCUUGUUUUGACGUAAAAGUGCAAUAGCCACGCAAUACGUGCUAACGUAAACAAGCAAGUAAACAAGCGAAGCGAGGCGAAUGUCCGCCAUGCGAACGUCAUUUAAUACUACAUAUUCUCCUUUAUCGUUUUCGUAAAGUAAACCAAAGAUUAUAAAACGUGUCUUCGGAAUCUCACGCAAAAUGUAGUUUUUUAAAUCCUCGACUGGCGGAUUCAUAAAAAACUCUUUUAUUAUCUCCAAUUUGAACUUGAAUUUGCAUCGCAUCAUCAUAUUGACACAUGCAGAUUUAAAAAUAGAAUACGCUCCCACGAAAAACUGAAAUGGACCUCAUAGACGUAAUGACAAAUCAGAAUCAUAGUGUCAGGAAUGUACGUGUAAAAUCGAUAAGAGUUUGAAAAGAAUAAUGUGUAUCAAGUUUGAGAGCCGCAAGAUUUGUGUUGCUGGUAAUCAGUGUGACAAUAGUGAUUUUGAUUUUCACAAUGCGGAACACAAGGAGUUGACUGUGAUAAAAAUCUCUCCCGAUGAAGGAAAAGAAGAUUGCUUAAAAUUGAAAACAAAAGGGACUCAAGCUUCUUUGGGAGCUACUGUGAUAGCGGUAACAAUUCUUCUUAUUCUUUCAGUUGUGUUUAUUAGCAGAGUGAAUGUUAAUGUACUUGCUUUUGUAUUGCGCGUUGUUUGCGUACAGUAUGAGGUCCUUGCAUUGGUCCGCGCAAGUCCGCGAUGCCCUUGGUCCGCGACUUUUCCGAAAAUGAUAAAAUGUUUCGUCGAGAAAAAAAAAAAUACAUUGAAUAAUGAAAGAUAUCGUGAUUUACUGAUUAGCAUUCUUUCAUAUGACGAAGUUUCGGCUUUCUUGCUGUGGGUGAAGACGCGAAAUUAAAGUUUGUUGACAGGUAAGUUAAUUUGUCUUUCUUGAAGUUUGGAUUUUUGCGGCACCGAUUAUAUGGUCAUGUUUACUUAGCCAGGAAUAAAUAAUACGCAAUGGGAAGACGUGCCUUUUUGCAGAACAGGUUUUCAGAUCAACUCUUUUCUGCUGUUGGGAGAAUAUUGCUGUACACUCCGAAUUUUUUAUUUUAUCGACUCUUGAAAAAUAUCACCAAAUUUCGCUUAGCGAGUCCUUGGUCCGCGACCUACGACCUUGGUUGAAUAAAACUUCCCAAAAUAAAAAGCGACGGCCUUUGUUUUCUAAGAAUGUUUUGAAAAUCGUCCCUAUACAUGUCUACAAGUUCUCUUUUUUUAAUACCUCUAAUACAUACAGAGUUUUUGGUAAUAUUUUGGUUUUUUCGACCGCGCUGAAAACCGCUCGUCGACGCUCGUGAGGGAGACUUGAGGAGACUGUUGUCUGAAGUCUUUGAAAGAAAAGCAGAUUAUGUUAUACUCACAACAUCUUCCGAAAAAAACUUUAGCUUAAUUGCAUUGAGAAAAGAAAAAAGUAUAAAUGAAAUAUUGUGAAAAUCACGUUUUAGUGUGGAAACUAUAACAUUUUUACGUUUUUUUCGUGCUGCUUACCUGAGACGCUGACCAAGGACCACAUUCGCCGACCAAGGACCAUCGAAAACGGUCGCCUUUUUUCGAAUUCCAAGCAAAAUAUUUAUUUUAUUUUUUGUAAUUAUUGUAAUCGUGUGGCAAAUAAAUAAAAUACCUAAAAAUGUUGCAAUUUGGCUGAGAGCAAAUUUGUGUUGAAGAUGUGCAUUUCAAAACAUUAUCAUGAAGUGACAGGAUUUAAUAUGUCGUGGAUUGGAACAUACUGUAUAAACUGUGUAGUUCAGCAAAGAAGUAAAGUAAAGGAUUUAUCUUUUCUUGUGGGAUAUAAAAGUUAGGUGAAGUAAGACUUGUUAAAAGUAUCAAAGGCGUACAGACAUUAAUUGAAGAAAUUUGUAAAAUUACACAAAGUAAAUAAAAUUGUCAAAGACUACAGUAUGAAAUACACUUUAUAUUAUGCUCAUGCAAAAUUGAAAGCAGUGAAAGAAAAAGAUUGCGAGGAAACGCAGGUAUAGUUCAUUUGAGUAUUGUGAGAUGGAACCUCUUAAAAAGAAACAUUUAGUUACAAGGAGAAAAGAAAAGAGGCAGAUCGGGUCUAGUUUUUUGCAUUGAACAGUAUAAAAAUAAAAUAUGAAAAGGUCCCUGUUACAUAUGUUGUGUUUGUAAUCGAUUACCUUAUAAGAGAUCAGUUGAAAUUUCUGCAAAAGUAUAUAUUCGUGUCAAAAUUUUUUCAGUGUGCAGUCUCCAUUUGAUGGAAAACAGUAUGUUUGUAAAACAUGUCACUUAAUACAGACAAUUUCUAUCAACACCUCAGUGCCACUAUUAACAGAGUUUGACUCUAUUACCAACAUCCAAUAAAAUCAACCCCAUGUAGAAACCCAGCAACCACCUCACAAUUUACACUCACAAACUACACCCAUCUUAGCAAUCAACUUCCAAUAUAACUCCACGCCUACUUAACUUCAGACAUCUAAACUAACCCCUCAAAUAUACAAUACCACUGAACUACCCACAUAUCCUUCAUACACAUAACAAACUUCAAACAUACGGUUAGUUCAGCCACGCCCAAAUAUACGCUCCCACAGCGUCUUGUUAGAUAUUGUUUUAUUGAGUGGAAUAACACGAUAUGAGAAGAAAUAUAUUUCGGCAGUUUGAUAAUUUUCUUGGAAGCCGAAAUGAAUGUUAGGCUAUCAACCUUAACGUUGCUUGAAGUGUAAUUUAAUUGCAGAUACAUUUAUUGUAAAGCCAAGGUGAUUUUUUUAAAUCGUUUUAGGAAAUUUUCUUGUAAACAAUUUGAGUUGUUUUAGGUACGAAUUGUAAAAGGAACAAAGUCCAACAUCUUCCCGUGCAAAUUGUGUGCAUGAGUUAUUUUUAUAAUUCGCGUACGAACCACGAAAGGGGCAAAGUCCGACACUUUCACGUGCAAACUGUGUGAUUCUACAUUUCAUGCUGGCUUUUCACAGUAAUAAUAAUAACUUGAACGUAUGAAGACAUCUUUAGUUUUGUAACUAUAGUGCCUAAGCAAAGGCUCUUUUCUUUUAAGAAGCAAAAACUCAUACCAUUAUUGGAAUUAAGUGGUCAGAGUUAAAGACUGUUUCAUUAAAGUAGAAUCGCAAAUGAUAACCUCGUGAAUAAUGAUGAUGCCGGCGGCCAUCUACAACAAUGAUGAAAAUCUUAGCUAUUCUGUAUUCGGCGACCUUCAUUAUUUUAAGAAACCAUGAAGAACCCUUGAAUCCUUCGAGUCUUACCUCUAAGCAACGUUUGGUGAGUUGAUAUUCAGAGUACUUUAACAAUUUGUUUAUUUUGCACCAGAUGUCUGAAGGAAAGACAAAGAAAAGUGAAUUUAUUGCAUCAAAUCAGCUAUGCACUGCGGGUCUCGUUUUCAUUAAUGUACAGCAAUACCCAAUUUCGCACAAAACAUAGCCUUAAUUUAGGAUUAAGACAGUAGAUUGCCGAUAUUGUGACACUGAAUUGAAGCAUUCAAAAUAGCUCAUGCACGUAAAACGUGCCUAUCUUUGAUAACUAGCUAGUGGAGCAGGUGUAAUUCAUUUUUUUAAAAAAGCUAUAACCUUUUUACUAGAGAAUUCUUAGGUAUGUAUCAAAAGUUUAAAGUGAAAUAAAACUAUAUUUAAGUUUAAAAAAAUUUUAUUUAAGUUAUUUUCAAAUGUUUUUAUUUCUUUCCCUUUCGACGCAGCAUCUUGUAUGGAUUGUCACUGGUACAGGAAUAGUCUUUACAGUCAUUUUUUAUAUUGGAACAAAGGAACUAGCCGUACGCCCCCUAAGAGAGAUCAGCAAACCCAUGGAUCCAGUGGUAUGAAGUAACAUAAGAUAUCGAAUGCUUAGCCCCUGCCCAUGGACGAUCCGCAACCACAAUUUUUAUCGCAAGAAAGAGUACUUGUAACCUUUUUACGAUAUUGUUUCGAAUGAUUGGAACAUUGUUUCAUUGCAACGCUGAUUUGCGCUGAAAAUCGUUGUUGCGAAAACUUCCUUAUAACAUCACCUUUAGCCCGGUAUUAUAUGGACUUUUCCUGCUAAAUUAUGACGUUGAAGUUCUUGCAAGGUUUGCCGGAUAUGUAUGUAUCAACACAAGAGAGAAUAAUCUCUCUUGAUUCACAUUUAUUUUCAUGAGAGCUUAAUCCAUAGUCCGCCGUUUUCGUCCGCCGAUUGCAUUCACCUGGACCCCUCAGUUGUAUCUCAUUAUACCCAGUGCUGUAGCAAUUUGUAGUAAUCAUCGCACUUUAUAUUACCUGUAACUGAGUCCUAUCACAAGUCGCAAUUCGCCGCAAGUCGUGUCGCACUUGGUGAUAAAAAAUGUCCACUUUGACACAUCUCCCCAGGAUGCCCAUCUCUCUUUGUUAGAAAAUAUCACCGUACCUCAUAAACUUAAAGUUUCUACCAGUUAAUCAAAUACCUACUCUUGCAUGUCGGCAAGUAUAAAUAUCUAAGAGUUUUUUUCACGUCGACCAUGAAUUGUCUCAAGAAGAGUUUCACAGUGAUGGCAAUUUUAUGACAUGAAAAAAUCGUUUUUAUCUUUGGCUAGAACGGUGAAGGAUUAUUUCAGGCUAGCCAGUCUGUUCAUUCAAUGGUCUUCGAACAAGUUGAUGGUGAGUUGAAUGAAAUGGAUUACUCUACCUUUAGUUCCAAUCUUUCUGUUUUACUUUCGCCUCGCAGUGUACGUUGAGACAUGAGCAACGAGUAAAAGGAGACCAUGUCAAUGUAACGAUACCUAAGAUGAAGCUAAAACUUGUACAUCAAUAGGGCAAAUUUUAAAAUACUUUUAUAAGUGUAAUUUACAAGUGUGGCUAUUGUUUUCAUACUCUAAAACAAUAUAUAGCUACGCUUGUAAAUUACUUUACUUGCUUACUGUAUGUUCAUUGUUACGCGUCACAAGUAACAACCGAGAAAGGGUCUGGGCUCUUUAGUUUCUCACGUGCAGAUGCUGUGAAAGCAGUGAAAACGCUCUUCCCGUAAACCUGCCUUCUCGAUCAAUUCCUUGCGACAAGAAGUAGACGUCAAAUGAAGUCAACCAAGAAAGAAUAGCUCCCAUUAUGGGCGCCUCAUCUGGAGGGAUCCUGAAAAUAAAAAGAUAUUGAAAAAAAUAUUUCCUUAACAUCACGGGUAAUAUUGCAAGGUAAAAUCAGAUAAAGGAAAGAGAGCGGAUGUCUUUUUAUCUCUUGCAGUUAACAGGCAUUCAGUAGUUAAACACGAUAUCUUUGUCGCGAAGAACUAAAUAUCAGUAAUUAGACGAAAGACUGCAGGUCCUGUUAAUAAGGUAUAGAGAAAAUUGAAUUUUUUGAAAAAAAUUUUUUUAAGAUGCCAAGAGGAAAACUUCGACCAUAGUCCAUUCCCUUGUUGACAUUUUUAUGUCUUCGCUGGAAAACACGGAAGUUGUCGAUAACACAACAGCUACUAAAGCAGCAUCUAAAAAUAUAAGUCUGGUACAACGAUUUGUGGAAGCUCUCUUUUCAAAUGGCGGUGGAAACAGUCACGAAGAUUCAGAGGACAAACUUCAUCAAAUUUCUGAAGUCACAUCAGGAGUGUCAAGUAAUCAAGAGAAGCCCGGAAGCGGUAUGUAG